AUGGCGCCAGCAAUCACGGAAGAUGAAGCCGAGAAGAACGUCCAGAUGUGGAAGGUCAAGAAACUGAUCAAGUCUCUUGAGAAAGCCAGAGGUAACGGUACCUCUAUGAUUUCUUUGAUCAUUCCUCCAAAGGGCCAAAUCCCUAUGAUCCAAAAGAUGUUGACCGAUGAAUACGGUACAGCUUCCAAUAUCAAAUCGCGUGUCAACAGACUGUCUGUGCUUUCUGCCAUCACAUCGACCCAACAAAAACUGAAGCUCUACAGCUCUGUGCCAAAGAACGGACUGGUUAUCUACUGUGGUGAAGUUAUCACUGAACAAGGUAAAGAGAAGAAAUUGACCAUUGGUUUCGAGCCUUUCAAGCCCAUCAAUACAUCUUUGUACCUCUGUGACAACAAGUUCCACACCGAGGCGCUUUCUGAAUUGUUGGAGAGUGACGAUAGAUUCGGGUUCAUUGUCAUGGACGGUAACGGAGCUUUGUUUGGUACGCUCUGCGGUAACACCAGAGAAGUUUUGCACAAAUUCACAGUCGACCUUCCAAAGAAGCACGGAAGAGGUGGUCAAUCUGCAUUGCGUUUCUCGAGACUGAGAGACGAAAAAAGACACAACUAUGUUAGAAAGGUGGCCGAGGUGGCUGUCCAGAACUUCAUUACUGGAGACAAGGUCAACGUUGCCGGAUUGAUUUUGGCAGGAAGUGCCGACUUCAAAACCGAGCUGAGUAGAUCGGACAUGUUCGACCAGAGACUGCAAGCAAAGAUCUUGAAACUGGUCGAUAUCUCCUACGGAGGAGAAAACGGAUUUAACCAGGCAAUCGAGCUUUCUGCUGAAACUCUGUCCAACGUCAAAUUCGUUCAGGAAAAGAAGCUGAUCACACAAUACUUUGACGAAAUCUCACAAGACACUGGUAAAUUCUGUUAUGGAAUUGAGGAUACUCUCAAAGCACUCGAUCUGGGAGCCUGUGAAAUCGUUAUUGUUUAUGAAGGUCUCGACACCGUCAGAUACACACUCAAAGACUCCGAGGGAAAUGAGGUGAUUGCACAUGCCUCUCCGUCGCAGGAAGAUAAAAGCUACAUGUUUGACAAAGCGGGCCAGGAGAUGGAGAUUGUUGAUGAGAUGCCAUUCCUCGAGUGGCUGGCUGAAAAUUACAAGAACUACGGUGCUACGCUUGAAUUUGUGACCGAUAGAUCUUCCGAAGGAGCGCAGUUCGUGAAGGGCUUUGGUGGAAUUGGUGCCUUGCUGAGAUACAAGGUCAAUUUUGAACAACUGGUUUCUGACGACGAGGACGAAUUCUAUAGUGACUAA